AUGCCGUCUCUUCUACACUCGGGCCCGUCCUCGGCUAUGCGAAAGCAGGUAACGGCCAUUUCUCUUCGCGUCAACUCUACACAGUCCGUGGCUUCCGUUCAGAGAUGUAGUUCAUUUUCCACAUUAUGUCCUCAGGCAAAAUUGCAAGCUUCACAUCGUCCUCAAUUCUCUCACCCUACUCUCCCUACCCGCCAAAGCCGUACCUUCCUCGCUCAUCUCGGUCGUCAAGCGCAAGCCCUGAAACAACAAUCUACCCCAUCGGCGACCUCAUCCCCAUCCAAAUCAGACAAGAAACCCAAUCCCCCCCUGCAGCUCACCAACCUUCCCUAUUUCGUCCGUCGCACUGCCUCCAACCAAUUGCCUGUCUACGUCGUCACAAAGGCCGGCGGCACCAAGCAACUCACCAAGCUCCAGAAGACCGAGGGCGAUCUGGACGCGCUCCGCAACGACCUGGCUUCUGCCUGGGAGUUGUUGACGGAAAUAAGCCUAACCCUGACGUUACUCUUAACCGACUCACUGGCCACAUCAUUGUCAAGGGCUGGCGCAAACCCGAGAUUGUGA